AUGUUGUCCAACUUUAGUUUAAGUCCCGCUCCUGAGCUGGUCGAACUAUAUGGCCUAGUUCUACCUUUUUUAAUACCCUCGGAGACCACAAUGUUUUAUUUUAAUCCCACUGGACGGAAUUGUAGUUUGGAAAAUCUUCAGAGUACUUUAUCACAACAUCCACAGAUUAUUUGGCAUCGCGAGGAGGCUUAUCCAGAAUUGUACAACCGACACAGCAGCAACAUCUUUGCUAUGGCCUGUCUAUCUAGGAACUCCUUUGAGUGGCAGUUGAAACUUUUGGCCACCAGUUUGACCAGAUUUCGAUCGAUAAAAAUCCUCAUCGAGAUGCAGGCUAGGCAAAGCCAAUUCCUGGCCUCCCAAAUCCUGCAACUUUGCCUGGAACACAGCAUGCUAAAUGUGGUGAUGUACUUCCCGCGUUGGAAAUAUAUUAGAAAUAUCUAUAGUUACCAGGCCUUUCCCUAUUUCACGCUUGUGAAGCAGCGUUUAUCAGGAGUAUCCCCAUCCAGAAUUUUUACCAACCAGCUAAAGGAUGUCCGUGGAUAUCAACUGCGAGUUCAACCCGAUUUAUCGCCUCCCAACUCCUUUCCCUACAGAGAUAGCCAUGGUGACUAUCGAAUAGGUGGAUUUUUGUGGAAGUUUAUACAGCAUUUUUCGGAGAGCUUAGGAGCCGGCAUCCAUGUUCUGUAUCCCACUUGGCCCAAAGCCAAGGUUGCAUCUGAGGAAUACAUGGUGAAAUUAACCAGGAAUGGCAGCUCGGAUUUCGGUCUGACCACUACCAUGACUAUGUAUAAGCACGAGGAGAGGUAUCGAGACUAUAGCUACCCCAUGUUCUACUCCGGUUGGUGUACCAUGUUGCCCGUGGAAAAGCCCUUGAGUGUCCAUACCUUAUUCAGGCACGUACUGUGUCCCGGAUCUGCGAUUCUUCUAGCUUUGGGUUCGAUUCUGUGUUUCCUGGUUAUAUCCCCUUUGAUAAAAUAUUUCGGGAUCACUUUUCGUGGGAGACUAAUGACAAUGGCUUCAAGGAUAUUUACCUUGAUCAUGCUCUGCGCCAGUUCUGCUCAACUACUCUCCUUACUAAUAUCACCACCGCUCCACCCACGAAUUGAAAGUUUUGAUGACCUCUUGGCCUCGGAUUUGAAAAUCUUUGGAUUGCGCAGUGAGUUUUACUUUAUGGAUGGCGAUUUCCGGGCCAAGUAUGCGGCUGCUUUUCAUCUGACGGACAAUCCCUACGAGCUGUAUGAUAACAGAAACUAUUUUAAUACAAGUUGGGCCUAUACCAUCACCUCGCUGAAGUGGACUGUGAUCGAUGCUCAGCAGCGGCACUUUGCCCAUCCAGUUUUCAGAUUCUCAGAGAAGUUAUGCUUUAAUUGGGCCUCACCCUGUGGACUUUUGAUAGCUCCGGAGUCCAUUUAUAGAGAUCCCCUGCAGCAAUUCACCCUGCGGAUGGAACAGGCUGGCCUUAUUAACCAAUGGAUGACCCGAAGUUUUUAUGAUAUGGUAAAAGCUGGACGGAUGACCAUCAAGGACUAUAGUCGUACGAAUGUGUUGAGUCCUUUGCGGACAAAGGACCUUCAAAUGUUGUGGUCUAACUUUUCAGUGGGUCUGGGCACUUCCUUCGUCGUAUUCACCAUCGAAUUGCUUCUGUUCUACACUAACGUAUUUCUCAAUAGCUUGUAG